GCAUCAUCAAGAACCCACGAAGCAACUACAGUUCAACACACAUUCAUCAAAAAUCAUUUCAAUCUUUGAAACUCAACCGAAUACCAAACCCAUUAAUCCAAAUACAGAAACUAUAACCCUUUUCUUCUCUUUCACUUCACUCUUUCCGCCGUUAACAAAUUCUCUCCUCACUCAUUUUCACUCACUUUCUCUCUCCAUCUUUUUGGCGCCAAACGGACCCCACCAAAUUAAACUCCCAUCCUCCCCAUCUCUUCUGAUAAAUAAAUACAACUACUUCCUUUCUUUCUCAUCUUCAUCCAUUUCCAUAACACAAACACUCAACUGAACCAACCGUACUAUACUCACCGUAACUAACACACCCCAAAACGGUGUCGUACUGCAAAUUCUAAAUGAUACAUACUUUCUUCCUUUACUUCAUCCUCCUUCUUUUCUAUUUCCAUCCAGUCAUUUCUCUCUCCUCCGACGGCCUUGCUCUUCUAACACUCAAAUCCGCCGUCAACGGCGACAGCGCCGCCGCAUUCUCCGACUGGAACGAAAACGACCUUACUCCGUGUCAAUGGUCCGGCAUUAGCUGCGCAAACAUCUCCGGUGAAACCGAAGCUCGUGUCGUUGGUAUCGGUCUCGCCGGGAAAGGUCUCCGCGGUUACCUCCCGUCGGAGCUUGGAAACUUAAUCUAUCUCCGUCGUUUGAGUCUUCAUACUAACCUCUUCCAUGGCUCUAUUCCUGUUCAGCUCUUCAAUGCCACUUCCCUCCACAGCAUCUUCCUCCAUGGAAAUAACCUCUCCGGUAGCCUCUCUCCCUCCGUCUGCAACCUUCCGCGCCUCCAAAAUAUUGACCUCUCACAAAAUUCAAUCUCCGGUACAAUCCCGGAGUCUCUCGGAAACUGUGCACAGCUCCAGCAUUUAAUCCUCGCGGGAAACAAUUUCUCCGGCAACAUUCCGGUGACUCCAUGGAUGAAGCUUAAGAAUCUAGUUCAGCUCGACCUAUCUGCGAAUCUUCUAGAAGGUUCGAUUCCAGACGAGAUUGGCUUACUUAACUCCCUCACCGGAACGCUAAACCUCUCAUUCAACCAUCUAUCAGGUAAAGUUCCGAAGUCUCUAGGAAAAUUGCCGGUGACGGUUAGCUUCGACCUUCGUAGUAACGAUCUUAGUGGAGAAAUUCCUCAAACGGGGUCGUUUUCGAACCAGGGACCUACCGCGUUUCUGAAUAAUCCGAAACUAUGUGGGUUUCCUCUGCAGAAACAGUGCACAGGUUCUGCUCCGAGUGAACCAGGGAGUGGUCCUGGUUCAGCUCGACGACAGGUGAACCGGUCGAAGAAAGGGUUGAGUCCCGGGUUGAUUAUUAUUAUAACAGUAGCUGAUGCUGCUGGUGUGGCUUUGAUUGGGCUUCUUGUUGUGUAUGUGUAUUGGAAAAAGAAAGAUAACUCCAAUGGGUGUAGUUGUACUUUGAAGAGGAAAUUUGGCGGUAGUGGAAACAAUGAAAAAUCGAGUUUCUGUUGUUUUUGUUUGUCUUUAGGGUGUGUUAAGGGGUUUAAGAGUGAUGAUUCGGAUGUCGAAGAGAGUGAGAAAGGAGGAAGAGAAGGUGGUGGUAGAGUGGAAGGUGAAGGAGAAGGUGAAUUGGUGGCAAUUGAUAAAGGUUUUAGCUUUGAGCUUGAUGAGUUGUUAAGAGCUUCUGCAUAUGUGUUAGGGAAAAGUGGGUUAGGAAUUGUGUAUAAGGUAGUGCUUGGGAAUGGUGUUCCUGUGGCUGUGAGGAGAUUAGGGGAAGGUGGUGAACAGAGGUAUAAGGAGUUUGCUGCUGAAGUUCAAGCUAUUGGGAAAGUGAAACAUCCUAAUAUUGUGAAGUUGAGAGCUUAUUAUUGGGCUCAUGAUGAAAAGCUUUUGAUUAGUGAUUUCGUUUCCAACGGCAAUUUGGCUAAUGCUCUUAGAGGGAGAAAUGGCCAACCAUCUCCAAAUCUUUCAUGGUCAAUCAGGCUGAGAAUAGUCAAAGGAACAGCCAGAGGUUUAGCUUAUCUCCAUGAAUGCAGUCCAAGAAAAUUUGUUCACGGUGACCUCAAACCCUCCAAUAUCCUCCUCGACUCAGACUUCCAACCCCUCAUUUCUGAUUUCGGUCUUAACCGGCUAAUCAGCAUCACUGGCAACAAUCCCUCCACCGGCGGUUUUAUGGGUGGAGCUCUUCCUUACUUGAAGUCAUCGCAAACAGAACGAAUCAACAACUAUAAAGCUCCCGAAGCUAGAGUACCAGGCUGCAGACCCACCCAAAAAUGGGAUGUGUAUUCAUUUGGUGUUGUAUUACUUGAAUUGCUCACCGGUAAAUCACCAGAUUCUUCUCCGGGAGCAUCAACUUCUGUGGAAGUACCCGACUUGGUAAGGUGGGUUAAGAAAGGGUUUGAACAAGAAAGCCCUUUAUCCGAAAUGGUUGAUCCAUCACUUCUUCAAGAAAUACAUGCCAAGAAAGAAGUACUCGCUGUAUUCCAUGUAGCACUAUCAUGCACUGAGGGAGACCCUGAGGUCAGGCCUAGAAUGAAAACUGUUUCGGACAAUCUUGAAAGAAUUUGAACAUAAUACUCUGAUGUUUACCUGCUGAAAUUUGUGAGCAUGAGACUGGAAAGGAACAUGCACUUCAGUUUCAUGAUGCAUUUUUUGGUCAGCAAUUUUUUGAAAGAGGUAAUCAGCACGGGUCCUGCCUUAUCUUUCAAAGACCAAAAAGUUUAAUAAAUUAUGUUUAAAUUUUGUUGUGGUCUCGUUCUCUCCAGAAUCUGAUUACAAUAAUUUCACAUUAGCUAGCAUUGCUACUGAAUUGGCAAUUUCAUAUGUAUUAUACAUUGUUUAUAAGAAAAAAAUCUCUUUAGUAUCCAA